AUGGCGACGCAAUCCCUCACGAGCACCUCCGCGGUGCAACAAGAAGACAGUCAUGAGAGAAUAAACGUUCUCAAGAAGCAGACCAGGAAUCUGAUACGCGAGAAGCAGCAAGUAGUAGAGCAACUUCAACUGAUCGACCACCUACAACAGCUCGGCAUGGCUUACCACUUCAAAGACGAGCUUGCAGACCAUCUGAAGGACAAUCUCCAUGCCACGUCGCUGAUGUUCAGGCUCCUCAGAGCAAAUGGUUUCUCUAUUUCCCAAUAUUCGUUCGAGAUAUUAAAAGACGAGAAACUUCGAAGCUCGCUGUGCGAACCAAAUCAUAGGGAUUCUGAGUCUGUAUGA